AUGAGUACCGCCAAGCGGUCCCGACGGCGGCAACCGGACGCCAGAGCAGCCUCUCCGCUCCCAGCGUCCAAGCGGAUCAAGACUACAAAAACUUCUCACGUGCCUGCUCGGCAUGGCCUCGACUUCCUGGUCGACGACGACGCCAAGCAGGGGAAGCGACUGGAGGCGAAGCUCACCAAUGGAGUCUCGAAGUCAGCUACAAACCGAGUGGACGAGUCGCGUGCGGCGGUGGCACCCAAUGUGCCGGACAAAGACCAGGUAGGUGCUUCGCAGCAGAACGCGAUCGAUAUCUCGAGUGUGGAGGACAGCAGCAGUGAUGAGUCUGUUGAUGAAGAUGGACCUGCGGCCGUGGCAGGCGGCGGGGCGAAUGGCAUGGCAGAGGGCAAGCAGAUGGUGAAUGGUCAUGGUUCGGAGCGGGAGGAAGACGACGAUGCAGCGGACGAGGCUGUUGGUGGAGCAGAGGAUGUCGAUAUGGAUGAUGAAGCGGAGGACAUCAAUGGCGAGGCGGAAGAGCCAUCUUUCGGUGAACUGCUGCAAGCGCGGCAUCCGGACCCCAUUGACGUGCAGGCAUCGUUCCCCGACCCUCUGAUGGACCGACAAGCUCUCGCAACCACGUCCGGGGAUCGCACACUUGGAGCGCCGUCCGGCACGACUCUGCGUACUGUCCUGACGCAAGCCCUCAAAACGAACGACCGAGAACUACUCGAACGAUGCUUCCAGACCAGCAAUCUCAACGACAUCCGAGCUACCAUCGAACGCUUGCAAUCACAACAUGUCACCACACUCUUACAACGCCUCGCCGAACGCAUACACAAGCGGCCUGGUCGAACCGGCAACCUCAUCACCUGGGUGCAGUGGUCACUGGUGGCGCACGGCGCAUACUUGGCCAGCCAGCCGCAAGUCAUGAGGAAGCUGAAGAGUCUGGAACAAGUUCUCCGCGAACGAGCGAACGGACUGCAGCCCUUACUGCGUCUUAAGGGCAAGCUGGAUAUGCUGCAGGCACAGCUGGAGUUGAGGCAAAGGAUGAGGGCAGCAUCUCGGGCCGCGAGUGUGGGUGAGGACGACGAUGAGGAGGGCGUCGUGUACGUGGAAGGUCAGGGUGACGAUUUUUCGGAUAGUGAAGAUGCCGCGGAGGGUGGUCAGCCUGGCGGGAGCACGUUGGAACCACCUAUACCAAAGUUCAAAGGACUAAUCGCCAACCCUCGGAGCGACAUUGCAGAGUCAAGCGAUGAAAGCGAGAGCGACGACGAUCUACCGAAUGGUGUCGCGCAAGAAGGCGAGGAUGGAGUAUCUGAAGAUGACGAUGCAGAGGAAGGAAUGUUUGACAUCGAAGCGGAGGAAACUUCCGACGAAGCCAGCGAGGACGAGAACGAUGUGCCGAGCGCCGCAGAAUCAGACGACGAGUCCGACUCUUCUGCUAGCGAGGAGAUCACUGUACAGCAACCUAAGCCGAGCAAGCUCAACCGCAAGCGAUGA